AAAGGUCAGUUUUCCGAAAGGGAAAAAAAAACUCAACUUCGUUUGGUGAAGUUAGCAAAUGGCAUUCUCCUCAAACCCUUUAUCCCUCAGCGUCCCAGAGCCCGCCUUCGAGUCAUGGCUCCGGGACUCCGGCUACCUCGAAAUCCUCGACCACCGCACUUCCUCAAUUCCCAACACAUACUCUGAUCCUUCCACCACUACCUUAACCAACUCAACCAUCACCAGCGGCCUCAUCUCCCUUCUCCUCACCCUCCUCUCUCUCUUCACCUUCAACCCCUUCUCCAAGCUCACCACCGAAGACUUCUCCGGCCAAACGCCGUCCUGGAGUUAUGGGUUUGUGGGGUUCUGCGACUCCUACUCGUUCCCGUCCUCCCCGGCUCAGGCCAGGCUGCGGGUCCACGAGAAUGUCAAGCGCUAUGCCAGGAACUAUGCAACUCUCUUUAUCCUCUUCUUCGCCUGCACCCUGUAUCAGAUGCCGCUUGCUCUCAUUGGAUUGUUAUCAUGUUUGGCACUAUGGGAUGUUUUCAAGUUUUGUAGUAACAGAUGGGGAUUGGAUCAUCACCCAGUAAUUCAACAGUGUUUGGUUCGCAUUGCCCAAUGUGUUGCUGCUGUUAUUGUUAUAUGUUCUAAUGUUCAGAUGGCUCUGUUCUGUGCACUUGGUUUCAGUUAUACAGGCAUGAUUUUACAUGCUGCAUUUCGGAAGCUGACUUCUGCAAAGCAGCCUCCUCGUGGAAGAAGUGCAAGGUGAAAAAUAUGUGGUGGUUUGUGGGUGAAAAGUGUAAUUACCCUUGAGCAAAAAUAUGUUCAGCUCUAGUCUAAGGCCUUUUUACUGCAAGAGAUCAACAAUUUUGAAUCCCAACUCUGAUGGAGAUGAUGGUACUUAUCAAGCUGAUGGUACAUACGCAAGGUCAUAUGAUGCUUUUUGGAUCAUUUUUUUAAAGCUCACCUCCGUGAAAUGCUAAAUUAUAAUGAGGUCAUUUGAGCAAAGAAUUGGAUGGCUUGCCCUACUCAUCAUGGCAAAGCAGAGACUUAUUAUUUUGCUUAAGCAGCUGUGAACGAGUUAUAUAGUGGAUGUUACAUAUCUUAUGGCUGUUGUAUUCUGGGUGCCUGCCCUUAUACAAGAUCAAAAACUUCUAUUUGAGCUUUAAAUUUUGGUUGUUAGUACUUGUUUUAAAAAAAAAAAGCAGUUCGUAACCAUA